AUGCAGGUCAAGGUCGCCGCUGCUCUUGCGUUCGCCGUUUCUGCGUCUGCUCUGCAGGUCCAGUACCCGGCUCAGGGUUCCGAACUCGACCUGACCAAGCAGAACACCAUCAAAUGGGCUUCGGUUAGCACCGACCCUUCCUCCUUCGACAUCUACCUCGUCAACAAUGCCGUUUACCCCCCGGUGAACCAGCUCAUUGCGAAAAACGUCGAGACCUCCAAGGGCUCAUACACCCUGGACGGUCUGAAGAAUGUGCCUGCCGACAAGGGCUACCAGAUCAACCUGCAGUCCGACUCUCCUCAGAACACUGGCAUCCUCGCCCAGUCCGGUCAGUUCAGCGUCGUUUCUGCCGGCUCCUCGACAACCUCUGCGUCGUUCACGGCUACUACGGCCACUGACGUGACCUCUACCUCCACGAGCACUGGCUCGAGCACCACCCUCACUACCACCACCUCCGCCAGCAGCAGCAGCUCUGCCUCUGCUUCCUCCAGCGGCGCUUCUUCCAGCUCGGCCUCCUCGACUGCCAGCUCUAGCGCCCACGCUUCCGGUGCCAACGCCUCUUCCACCAGCACCCCCAAUGCUGCCGGCACGUUGUCUGUCUCGACUGGCGCUAGCAGCCUUCUGCUGGGUCUCUUUGCUCUCUUCAUGUAA